CUGCCUGUCUGUGGUUAAGUCAGUAAUGCGUGAACCGACAUUUGAGUCGUGCAAAACUUGUUCCACAUAGCCUGAGCUGGCCGUUAAAUUUUUUUUAAUUUUCACGCAAUCACUUUUUUUUUUUUUUUUUUCUUAGCGUAAACAUUAUCGCUCUGUAUUCAUGCAUGUUUACAACUGUAGAAUUUUGUUUCUUUUUAAAAGAUCAGCAAAUGUCCGUGUUAACAUUGUACGCCACUUAGAACUUGAGUGUGUCAGUGAGCAGUGUAAAAAAUUGCAAUUAUAUUCAAGUAGCACUGGUAAAACGGAGACUUUUGCUCAUUCUUAAUUGCUAUCAGUCACUAUCCUAUUUCCUGGUCAGCGUUAACAAAUGUGCGGGUGGUACCGUUGGACUAAUUGAGACUGAAAAAGUGAAAUUAUAUCAAAGGACUGCUUCCUUUUUAUUUUGGCCUUAAUGUUUCCUUUUUGUUUUGUUUUUUUGAAAAUCUCGUAAAAACAAUUGACCAGUGUUCAUGUGCAAGAUACUUGGCAUGCUAGCGUUUUAGCGGAAUGUGAAGACGUUGCCGUUUGUCAUUCACGGAUUUUUUUUGUCUUUGCGUUGAUUUUGGCGCAAAAAGAUGAACUUGCCUUACCUUCGACGGGUGAUGUUUGCGUCGUUGUUUUCUUGUGAAAUCCAUGUAUAAAUAUUCAUAUAUAUCAACCUUAAAUUAUUAAUUUGAAUUACUUUUGUUUGGAUACGUAGCGCAUCUUGUAGAUUCCUUGGACAUUUUGACUUGAUUUUUAUUUUAUUUUUAGUCAUUCCUGCACCCAAAAAAAUCUUUGUAUAAUUAUAUUUAUGAUUAAAAUAAUUUAUUUUUGUCUUUUACGGCAGUGAGCGAAAGGAACAGAUGUUUGCCGCAGUUCUCUCAAAUAAACAUUUGACAAUCAUUUAUCAUAAACACUGAAUUUAUCCUUGGGUGGUUUUAUUUAACAAACAAGAAAAAAACCUAACCCAUUCUGCUGUUGUUUUCUUGUUCUCUUUUUCAAUUCACUUCCAUAUUAUGCACCUGAAGAAUGAAUUCCAGUCAUUUAAAAAAAAUUAAAUCCCUUGAAUUAAAUUGUCUUGUUUAGACUUCGUAAUUGUCGACCAAAAAGCAUUUUUGUCAUGCAUUGGCAACCAUUAUUCAAACAAUUUCAUGAAGCUGUGACCCUAAAUCAAUGACUCUCGUGACAGUUUUAAUCAACAGUUCACUCUAAAUCAAUCACUCUCACAACAAUCAUCAGGUGACUUUAAAUGUUGCAUCUUUUUUAACCACCACGUAAAUCAAUCCCAAAGGUGACAGUUUAUCACCAGGCGACUAGAUUAUCCACAGUUGAUCGAAAUCUCACUCAUGGAAAUUUCAUCAAUAACCCUGAAUAAUCAAUCUUGCAGCAAUCUUAUCAAUAGUUGACGAAAGCAAUCACUCGAGAUACCAAUUUGCGCCGACGCAGCUCAGGGGGUGUUUUGCGGUUUCCCCACCAGGGGGCAGUGUUGAUCUUUUAAAGACACGCUACAUUAACCCCCCUACUUUUUUCAUCUCCCCCAAUUUUGGGAAGAGUUGAAGAAGGGCCAUUUUCUUGACAAGAUAAAAAUCCCUCUAAGCACUUGAGACGCACUCAGGAGCCCUGCUAACAUUAAACGCGUCAGAACUUUUUAAGCUGCACUUUUGAUUUGGGGGUUUUCCGUGUUUUGACAUCUUGUUAACAUGUUUGGGAAGAAUGGGCACUUGAACCGACCCCCAAAUUCCACCCUGCUGUCUCCAUACAAAUGAACACGUUUGUAUUCCAAUCUCGAAUACAGCCCGUAAUGCAUGCAAGUAAAUGUGCUUUUGCAGAUACCACCAGAUGGCGCUGCAGCGUUUGUUCACGUGUGUGCCUCUGCUGUGCUAUGAAACGUUAUAAUUUAACUAUCAAUACAUUAAAAUACAAUUAAAACCAAAUUAUUGAAUACAAGCUGCAUCUUCAUUACUGUUUCAUACUUAAGCAUAUUUUAACUUUGGGAUAUGACUAUCAAUAUGUUUACUUUACAAAUACGUUGGAACGACUUUGCAGAACAUUUCAAUUUAAGUGCUUUACCAAUAUGUUAGAAUGCAUUUGUCAAUACGUUCAAAGGACUAUUGAUAUGGUUGAACGACUGUGAAUACGUCUUUGUCAAUCCAUUUGAACGACUUAACUGGUGCGUUGGAACGCCAUAGCUCAGUCCAACCUGUUGACUUCACAUGGGCGGUUCCAGGCUUUCCGUAGCGGGUGUUUGUAAAUUAUUUUCUCUACAGGUGACCCAAAGUCAAAGCCGUUAUUGUAGUGCAGUUUGUGAUUUCUCCAACCUGUUGCAUUUCAAGGGAACGUGUGGGCACUCAAACUUGAUGUCCAGAUGGACGAGGUUAACGUGGGAAUUAAGCACGGUGACGCGGCGGUUCCUGUUUACCGGACGGUUGCUAGGCAGCGACAUCAGCUGAUUCCCCCCCCUUCCCCGACUAAUCCCUUUGCUCUUCCCUCCUCGGCGCACACUCCUGCCUCCGCUCUGGUGCAGAUAGGCGGCCAAGGGUGGAGUGCGGGGGGUCUCCAAACAGGAGAGUGGGAAAGGACCCAAGGCGGGAGGGGCGGCAUUCAGACGGCGGGGGUGGGGGGGGGCCGCAAAGCGGCAUCGCGCGUGUCUGCCCGAGAGAGGAGCUUGUCUUUCUUUUCUUUUGUUUUUGUCCCUUUCUUUCCCGUCAGCGCUGCGCUCGGCAGAAGGCUUGGACCGCAUGCAUGACACAACGCAAAGGCGAGAAACCCACCAUCAGCAUCCAGGAGCACAUGGCCAUUGACGUGUGCCCCGGACCCAUCCAGCCCAUCAAGCAGAUCUCCGACUACUUCCCCCGCUACCCUCGGGGCCUGCCGCCCGUCGGGGCGCCGCGCGCCGCCCUCUGCGCCGCCACCGCCCCGGCCGCCGCCUCGGAAAGUGAGGACAGCCCGGACCGGGCGUUCGCCGGAGCCUCGGCUUCCAGGAGAGAUGAUGAGCCCGACGUGGAGGCGUACGACUCGGACGACUCCACCACGCUGGGAACGCUGGACUUCAGCUUGCUGUAUGACCAGGAGCACAAUGCUCUGCACUGCACCAUUAACAAAGCCAAGCUCCCUGUUCCCAGAUACAAGAAGGGGCUCAAGCCAAUGGACCACAACGGGCUUUCGGACCCCUACGUCAAGCUGCACCUACUACCCGGUGCCAGUAAGGCCAACAAACUUCGGACCAAGACCCUGCACAACACGCUCAACCCCGUCUGGAGCGAGACGCUGACCUACUACGGCAUCACCGAUGAGGACAUGGUCCGCAAAACACUCAGGAUUUCCGUGUGUGACGAGGACAAAUUCCGCCACAACGAGUUCAUCGGUGAGACGCGAAUCCCUCUCAAGAAGCUGAAGCCCAAUCAGACCAAGACCUUCAACAACUGCCUGGAAAAGCAGCUACCCGUGAACAAGACAGAGGACAAGUCACUGGAGGAGCGAGGGCGCAUCAUGAUCUCCCUCAAGUACAACACGCUCAAGUCGUGCUUGGUGGUGGGCAUCAUACGCUGUGCCCACCUUGCCGCCAUGGACGCCAACGGCUUCUCAGACCCCUACGUCAAAACGUACCUGAAGCCCGACGAGAACAAAAAGUCCAAACACAAGACGGCCGUCAAGAAGAAGACGCUCAAUCCCGAGUUCAACGAGGAGUUCUGUUACGACAUUAAGUACGCGGAUCUUACCAAGAAGACCCUGGAGGUGACCGUGUGGGACUACGACAUCGGCAAGUCCAACGAUUUCAUCGGCGGCGUCUCUCUGGGCAUCAACGCCAAUGGGGAGCGACUCAGGCACUGGUUCGACUGCCUCAAGAACAAGGACAAGAAAAUCGAGCGCUGGCACACGCUGACCAACGAGCUACCCGGCUCCCUAAAUGACUGAAUGUCCCUCAUCUCGCCCACAGACCCGACCCCGCCGUCCCAGCACAUGCCUGCAUUCACCUCAACCAUCCUUCCUUCCUCGCUUCCUUUCAUUCGUCCUCCCGUGUCUAAAUGCCACCGACACGGAAUGAGCGCUUUGGUCGCCGCUGGUACAAAAGCAGUAGCAGUGUUCAUUCAUAACCAUGAUACGGAAUUUGGGGAAAAUUUUUCCACAUUCACGUGCAUGGCCGGCCGGCAUUUUGCCAACAUUUAUUUCUCUCCCGCCUUGUUACGGCAGCUAAAUGGGAGGCUGGCCGGUUUGGCUCCAAUGCGUCACGUGAGCAGAAUGUAGAACCCUCGCGCAUUAAGUGGGCUGAGAAUGUGCACCUCAGUGCUCGGAUCAUGUCGUGAUUUCGAGGCCCCUUACCCCCCCCCACCCCUUCGCUUUGUUGGAUUUGAUUUUCACGGGAGCAACAGGCGAGGUCGCGAGGGCCGGGUGUGACCCUGAUGAGUUGAGGCAGAGAUACACGUAGCGUUUUUUGUCCGUCACUUAUUUAUGAGUCUGAAUGCGCGGCGUGACCUUUUGAGUGCAGAUGCUGCCUUUGCGCAAAGACGUGCAAGACUGCCGGUCAAGCACCUGGCAUGGUUUUCUGAUUUUUUUUUUUUAUACAUUUUAUUUGGACUCAAUUGUAUUUUAUUUUUGAUGGUAUUUUAUUUUAAAUGUAUAUCAUUUGGCUUCUUUUAUUGUUUUUUUAAUUCAAAUUUUUGGUUUUAUUUUUAAUAAUUUUAUUUAUCAUUGUUUUGUGGUAUAUUUAAUUUUUUUAAAUUUAUUUAAAGACAAUUUAUUGUGUUGAUUUCCCCAGUUAAGUUGUUGUUUUUCAGUUGUAAUUGUAUUUUAAUGUAACUGUUUUAUGUAGAUUAACUGCAUAUUUUACAUUUUUGUUUAUUUCAAGUAAUUUAUUUUUAGUUGCUGGUUUUAUGUUGAAAUCCAGUUUGACUCCCAUUUUAAGUUAUGAAUAGCCUACGCUAUUGUUGGCAAACUGUUUUACAUGAUUUUGAUGACUAUUAUUUGUGCCCCCCCGCUGCUCUAUAUUGAUCCCAAUAAUCACCGUCUCCUCCAAUAAGCGACAGCCUGACCGACAUUUACCGACUUAAAGCGACGAUGUGAUUUUGCAAGCAGUCUGCCUUUGUAUGCAAGCUCGAUAUUCUGAAAAAGAAAACCAAAAAAAAAAAAAAUGCAUGCGUCAGGUCCUUGUUUUUGUCAUGAGAUAACCUAAUGUUUGAUACUGUUUUCUGUAUUUGCAAAAAACAAACAAACCAAAAAAAAAAAGUUCAAAUUGAAUGCGCAAAUGAUGACAAUGCUUUCUUCUGGACUCCAUUUUGUACCCGUUUGGCUGCCGUGUGUGACUUUGAUGUGAAUUUUGUUGGUUUGUCUGAAUGUUUGUAUGAGUUAUGAUGUUACUGCAUUAUGUCAAAUUAUAUUUUGAUCACACUAAAAAAAAAAAAAA